CGCCGGUCAAGAUGGCGGCUCCCAGGAGCUGUUCUCAGUGGAGCCGCUAUGGCAGCGGGUGGGUGCGGGCCAUGCGGGGCUGCUGGGUUCCCAGGCUCCGUAGCUCCUGGCCCGCGGGCCCUCUGGGUGCGCGGCUGUUGUCUCAAGAGAAGCGGGCAGCGGAAACGCACUUCGGGUUCGAGACUGUGGCGGAGGACGAGAAAGGGGGCAAAGUCUAUCAAGUAUUUGAAAGUGUGGCCAAGAAGUACGAUGUGAUGAAUGACAUGAUGAGCCUCGGCAUCCAUCGUGUUUGGAAGGAUUUGCUGCUCUGGAAGAUGCGCCCACUUCCUGGGACCCAGCUGCUGGAUGUUGCCGGAGGCACAGGUGACAUUGCAUUCCGGUUCCUUAAUUAUGUUCAGGCACAGCAUCAAGGAAAGCAGAAGAGGCAGUUAAGAGCCCAGCAAAAUUUAUCCUGGGAAGAAAUUGCCAACAAGUACCGGAAUGAAGAGGAUUCCCUGGGCGGUUCCCGUGUCGUGAUCUGUGACAUCAACAAGGAGAUGCUCAAGGUUGGCAAGCAGAAGGCCACGGCUCAGGGCCACAAAGCUGGACUUGCUUGGGUUGUAGGAGAUGCUGAAGAACUGCCCUUUGAUGACGACAAGUUUGACGUUUACACCAUUGCCUUUGGGAUUCGGAACGUGACCCACAUUGAUCGGGCACUCCAGGAAGCCCAUCGGGUCCUAAAACCAGGAGGACGGUUUCUCUGUCUGGAAUUUAGCCAAGUGAACAAUCCCCUCCUAUCCAGGAUUUAUGAUCUGUAUAGCUUCCAAGUCAUUCCUGUCCUGGGAGAGGUUAUUGCAGGAGACUGGAAGUCCUAUCAAUACCUUGUUGAGAGUAUCCGGCGUUUCCCGUCUCAGGAAGAGUUCAAGGAGAUGAUAGAAGAUGCGGGUUUUCAGAAGGUGACUUACGAAAGCCUAACAUCAGGCAUUGUGGCCAUUCAUUCUGGCUUCAAGCUUUAGCUCUUUUCUUAUCCUGGAGCAUGAGCCAGUCACAUCCUGUUGAAAGCCUGCAACUGAAGAUGCUGAGGAGGAUCUGCCUGAGGCCGAAGCAGAGCAUCUUUUAAGGAUAUGAGACUCACACUCUGAACCAACCUGCUUCAAAGUGGAAGAAACAAAGUCCGGUCACUGUUUUUGCGGCUUUCAUAAAGAGCUACUUUGGACUUCCUGGGGGAAUUUGGUUCUGAGUUUUUGUUUUUUUCUCAACUCCUGCUAAUUUUUCCGAGCUGUGUAGUAUGUGGUAAGAUGGCACUAAAGCUGUUUUGGAGGUUAUUUGUAUCUUCCCUGACAGUGGUGCCUUCUAGAAUAAUGGAUCAUUGAACAUCAUGAUGUCUUGAACCAAAAAACUUCAGGAUACCUGACUUAACCUUGUAGCCUAGGAUUGAGUCUAGGGCCAGAAGCAAAGACCCAAGUCAGAGGGCUAGCAGGCACUACUAGAAUUGUGCAGAACCAAUCAAUAAGCUUACGAUUUGGGUAGUGUUUGUCGUUUUCUCUUUAUUGGGCUAAAGGAAAUUAUUUUUUUAGUCCAUAGUGUCUGUUAUAAAAAAAUCACUGUAAAUCCUUGUUCAAAGAAUAAAUGUACCAGCAAACUCCUGCUUUCAUCUCAUAUGGCUGCUCUGUUAGAAUACAUUUGGAUGGGUCACUGGAUGUGUGCCAGUCUCUGAUAUUUGUAAUUUAGACUGCAGUGUCAAUACAUUUGAAGAAAGGGUUUUAUAGCAAAAAAAUAAAUAAAUAAGAGCUUGAA